AUGAGGGACGACAUCACACAGUUGAAGGCCAAACUGCAGUCCCAGCAGCAGAAUCCGCAAGCGAGACAGUACACACCCAAUCCCCCAGCCUACAGACCUUACCCAUGGCAAGUAGGCAACAUAACACCCACCCUAACAGCACAAGCGCAAGGCCAGCCAACUCAGCAAGCCGUUGGACAGUCAAACACAAACUUUGUCCCAGUACAGCAGUACCAGAUCCCAAUGUUCCAGCCCCAGCCAACAACACCCAGCUACCAGCAGCCACCGGUCACACCUGGACCAAACCCGUUUGCUGGGAGCCCCUUCAGUGACAAAUUCCGUAUUAUACGGGCCACCCGACCUACAUAA